AUGUCCUACCAGAAGAAAUCUUUGGGAUGUCUGAUUGUGGUGCCAGCACCUGGUCGUCGAUCUGUGGGCUCUGCGUCGAAGAGUGUUCGGUUUCGGUUUGUGGCCUGGUCUACAGGUCACGGGAGUUGGAAGCAGAGAUCGAAGAUCGAAGACUGGCAGUGGAGCUGGCACUGGGGUGAAUGGAUGCGCGUGAAGAGGGAACUACCCACACGUCGAUCACAGCUUUAUAUCAGCAUGCUGCACUCGCACCAGCGACCAGCAACAAAGAAGCGCGUGAAAGACUCGUUCAAAGACACACGUUCACAAUGCGAUUGUCGGAUUGAACAUCGAAAACAUAUCUCGGAAGCCGACUCAGAAUCUGCAGAAACACUUUGUCCAGAACAAGCACGUAGGCUGUCUCAGCGCCUUCGCCAAGUAGGACUAGAUGUCCAAGCACCCAAGACUUCUAAAAGCCUGAGAUCAAAGAUUUCUAUAAGCCUGGAGAUCAAGCCCACCCAGGAGGAAUUUCAUUCUAUAACUCGGCCGGCAGAAGCGGGCCCAUUCUUCUCUUUUCAAUUACAAAGAUGCUCUCUCAAGCAUUGUACGGGCCCUUUCAAUGGUUCACGGUGGACUUUCUUUGUCUUCUCGGCACUCGAACUCUGCUGCGCGCUUCAAAACGAGCUUGAGGUGCUGCAAACUCAACCGGAGGUCGACCGGUUCGACAUUCAAGCUCUUUCACCCGUGAGCUUCAUAGACGAACUAGAUCCGAUGUCCGACCACCCGCAAGAGUACAAUCAUCAAUCGAGAGCUCUCUCGCUGUUCAUUCCAGUCAUGUUUGGUGUCGCUAUCUUGCUCGCCUUCGUGGAGCUUUUUACGCACCGUCAUCGUGGCCAAUCCUUCUGCGCAGACCUGGAGGCAGCGGAAGGCCCUAGGGUUCCACUUCUCCGCCGCAACCGAAGACCACGCAACAAGAGUAGGAGACAAGCUCAAUGGUGGCAGUUCUGGAAGAGGAAUAAAACUGCUGACUCUGGAAAUACUCCUUCGAACUCUUCCCAGCGACCUCUAAACUCAGUCAUCUUAGCAUACGGUGCCAUUCACGGCAUACAUGGUCUUCAGACCGGUACCUAUCAGAGAAGUCCCGGGUCUAAUCCUCAGUUCCCGUACCAAAUGAUCACGGAAGAGACUCUCACUGUGUGGGAGUCAUCAACGGUCAAGGACCGACCAGAAGUCCUGAAUCUUCUACUCGACUGCUUGAAUGGCGAUGCUGAUAGGCGACCUACUGCUGACGCUCUCCAGGAGCAAGUUUCGAACCUCGAUGGCCCCCACUGCCAACGUGAGACUUUGCAGACCCGAAUUCUGCUCUUCCGCGCCUCACACUUGCCCACUUGA